AUGAACGCAGUCUCAUAUAAUUCGCUCUCUUCAGAAUGCCCAACUCCAGAGGCUAAUGAUCAUGAUCGUGCCUUUCGGCCGCACUCCUCUGAGGAUCUAGGAGAGCCUACAUCUCCAUCUAAGCUCCCAACCGCGCCGAUGGAAUCUGUUGGACAAGCCCGGACGUUCGGCGCUGGUUUGAAAUAUUUAUUUACUUCUUGGAAAUGGGAAGCCGCGAGUUGUUUACUUAUCCUAACUAUCCCCUUCGUCAUAUUUGCUACACUCUAUCCGCAUGAUGGACACCCGUUACCCCAGUGGCCAUUCCGGAUUUCGGUAAAUACCUUGCUUUCAAUAUACUCUAUCAUUCUAAGGUCUGGCCUAUCUUUCAUUCUUAUGUCAUGCAUCGGCCAGUUCCAGUGGAACUGGUUCACACAAGCACGCCGUCCACUGUAUGACCUAAUUCGAUUCGAUAAUGCCGGGCGUGGAGCAUGGGGUUCAUUACAGCUUCUCUGGGCGCAACGCUUACAUCAACCUCUUACUGUUCUGGGUGGCCUUCUUAUCAUUGUCUCAAUCGGGAUUGAUCCUUCUAUACAGCAACUGAUAAGUCCAUCUGAUUGCAGCGUGGCCGUAUUAAAUGAGAGGGCUACGUUACCUCGGACAAACUUGUUUUACGACUAUCUAGCUACAAAUGGUGUAUCUGGUAGCGAAUUUCAGUUGGCAUUACUAAGAGGAGUUUCGCAACCAGAAAGUAGUUUAUAUUCCGAAUGCGCAACUGGUAACUGCUCUUUUCCAGACCUCUAUGGCACUAUAGGAUACUGUAGUGCCUGCGAGGAUAUAUCCAAAGAAAUAGCUAUAGACUCGUUUUAUGUUACUAUGUCUAACAAAUCAAGCGAGUUAGAUAUCCGAUGUGGGGAUAAUUCCUCCGUCUUCCGGGUACUCAGAACCAGUAUUCCAAUAAGCGACUACUCAGAAACAUCGCCGGGAUCUUCACACUUGAACGUAACGAAUUUCCUUGCAACCAGUACCGCUUCCCCUUGUUAUGAUAUUAAUAACAUGGAAGUGGCUAAGAUUGACACCGCGUAUAACGAAAGUCGAAGGGAACAUUGGAAAGUUGUUUUGAAUAUACUCGCUGGCAAAACACUUUUCUCAGACAAUUACACGGAGAUGUCUAGUGGAAAUCUGAUAGCAAGCUGCGAGAACAAAACAUUAGUCGACUCAUGGCGCUGUAGAGGGUACGGAGCUGCAACAUGCACAAUCCAGCCAUGUGUACGGGUCUAUAAUGCUACAGUAGAAGCGGGUCAUCUCGCUGAGCGCCUAAUUUCCCAGUCGGAGACUAUGGCCUGGUCCACAAGCUAUUGGGAAAAUGCCACGAAUGGAGAUGCUUCUACAUGGCUCGAAAUGGUAGAUACACACUGUCUAACACCAAAAGAUAUAGACGAGCUAGCAGACCAAGGCUGUGGUAUUAACAAGACUUACCGGUGGCUUCCUUACGACAUAUCGGGUUCCGAAGCCAGCUCGUCACUAACGGAUUCCCUUCUUGCUCGGAAAUGCGUAUAUCUCAUGGAUUAUCGUUUUGGGGUAUAUGUAGGACCAUCGACCAUAAGUCAAAAUUUCAAUGGGAUACUUAAAGCUACUACUACGGCAACGGUAGAUUUUACCGAAAUCUCAAUUAGCUCAUUUGACGGCCCCCAGACUUUGCAACACAUAUAUGAUGCUGGAAAUAUUGAUUUUGACCGCAUCCAGCAGACGUUUUCAAAUAUUUCCGAUUCGUUAACUACCUGGAUUCGAACUCACGGUCAUGAGAACUAUUCGGACCCUGCCGUUGGGCAAGUCUUCCAUUACGCAACCUGUAUACAAGUCCGGUGGCAGUGGAUGCUGUUUUCAUCGUCAAUAGUACUCCUAACCAUGUUACUAUUCAUAGUAACGGUAUGCUCUACGGCGCUUAAACAAUUCCCGGCUUGGAAAGCAUCUUUUCUUCCCUGGCUUAUAUGUGGGCCUGGAAGCGCUGAAAUUCUAGGGGUGGCGGAUCAGUUGGAAGAGACUUCAUGCAGUGCCGAUGAGAUAGAGAAUAAGGCUAAGGAGAUCACUGUUAUUUGGAAGGCUUUGCCUGAACCGCACGUUCAGCUAUAGGCUUGACAAUAGCCAAUGGUUGUUCACAAUUCGGGCUUAAAAUAUACUAGGGGAGGUCUUUAAAAGAUGAUGGUGUCAGGGGAGGGAUGGAUGGGUAUGGGGUGUGAUUCCCUUUAAUCGAGGUGUACAGGAGUAGAUUUGAAG